AUGCCUUCUACAACUCGUACAAUAAUUAAUUCGUCAGAUAAAUCAGAUUUCUAUUCGAUGCGUUUUGCACCGGUGCCAUAUAUUCCAACAAAUUAUAAUGAGAAUUUCCCGUAUAAGAAAAGUGUUGAAGAUGUAUCACAAGAAACACGUUAUAUAUUAGAAGAAUUUAUUAUUGAACGAGCAAUUGAAGAUGGUGUUGAUAUGGGUUUAAUUAAACCUAUUAUUGAUGUUGAUCUUGCUGCACUUCCACAAUAUCGACAAAUUCAACAAAUUGCUCAACGAUUACGUAUGAUUGGUGAUGAAUUAGACGCUGAUCAACGUAUUAAAAGUAUGGUUGAUCAAGUACCUGAUGAUAGUCCAUAUGAAACAUUUAGUAAUGUUGCUAAAGAAUUAUUUUGUGAUGGAAUUUAUAAUUGGGGUAGAAUUGUAACACUUUUUUAUUUUACUUAUAAAUUAAUUAUGAAAUCAGUUAAAGAUCAAACAUCAUCAAUUUUCAACGUUCUAGUUGAAUGGACUGUACGAUUUGUAAAAGAAAUUGUUGCUCCAUGGAUUGUUGGCAAAGGUGGUUGGUUGGUCAUCUUACGUGAUGUUGUACCUCAAACACGUUUAACAACAAUUGGCGCUUUUCUCAGUGGAAUAGCAGCAACAUUUAUGGUAUUCUAUUAUUUUCGGCGUAAUUAA